AUGGGCGAUUAUCAAACCCGUGCCAACCACGGCUGUCCAAAGUUCAUCGGAUCCGCAAGCGACAUGCUCGAAAAGCUGAUGUCAGUACAUGCACUUGAGCGCAUCACAUACGGCUUGACAUGCCUUGCAUCCGAAAAGACCCCUCAGUGUUAUGUACUUGUAUGCGGACUCCGGACCCUUGUGUCAGACGUGCGAAUUGCUCAGCUUCGCAAGCUCGGCUCAACCUCGGCCUGGUGUCUACCUCUGUUCCGUUUCCGCAAAGAAUUGAGAAGGACCUGGCUACCUAGCUUAGAGGCGCUCAGGAGUGUCUCGAUUGCGGAUACCGAAGACGGGCAGUUCGCCGAUCUCCUUGCUCAGUGGCAAUCCUUGGGUACCGCUCUAGAGCUCGACGAGAAGAAGGAGCGUGAACAGUUCGACAAGUAUGGCGGUAGCGUGUUGCCGUCUCGUUGCUCCUGGAAACAGUGCAAACACCGUUCGCGCAAGCCUUUGGGUCGACUCCUCAUGUGCAAGGGGUGCGGCGAGGCGGCCUACUGCGGCCGGCCGUGCCAAGUAUCGCAUUGGAAGACAGGCGGCCACAAGCAAGAAUGUCGGCGCAUCAAGGGCGCUUAA